AUGGUAAUACGGCAGUUUUUGCUUGUAUUCUGGCUCACGUUGGCUCUGGCAACCAACAUCAUUCCCGUGUCACAGCCUGAUAUCGAUUACGAUUCCUUGGGUGGACGUAUAGGUCUUUUUGGCCAGUUUGACGCUCUUGCUGUCUACUCCUACGAGGGACAAUCGAACUUUCUCGUGGAAAAACCGUCGUCUGACUCCAAGCUCUAUCUUCGAGACCUUUCUAAGAACAUUAAUUCCCCAAUUGCUACAUGCAACGGCCACAUAACAGAGAUUGGUCGUAUAUCCGAAGACUCGGUGCUCGUCAACGGUAAUUUCACAACAUUCAAUAAUAAAACCUUUCACCCUCCCAUCAUUUACAAUAUCUCCUCGAACGACGUCACCUCCAUAAUACCGGUCAACCAAAAGCGAGACGAUAUGGAGGUCCAAGGAGACGUCAAAACAACGUUCAUAGACGGUGACCUCAUUUACUUAGGGGGUGACUUCUCCUUCAACGGCACCUACGGAGUUGCCAUCUAUAACCAAACUUCAAAGACACUUUCUUCGACCCCCUUUCAAGGUUUUGGUAAAAACUCGUCGGUCAAUGCCAUCACCAAAAUUCUUGAUAAGGACGAUAACAAUGUCAAUUCUGGCUCCAUUAUUUUUGGAGGCAAGUUCGACACCUUGGGGCUCCCAGACCUUCUCAAGCGCAACGUGUCGUCCAACUCUACCCGCAAGCAUCACAAAAAUUCCACUAACACCUCAUUAAUAGCGGCAGAGCAAAUAAUCUCUUUAAAACAUGGACAGUUUUCAAACGUGAAUGGAGCUUCUAACGAUGAUGAUAGCUCUCUCGUAUGUCCUUCCGGUGGCUCGGUCUGGUCGUUACAGCCCAACAUGGGUGGACAAUGGGCUGUCUCUUUGCCCAGCGCAUUAAAUGGCUUGUUUCCCACAAAAGCAAGACUUUAUGUUCCUCAAGGAGAAGAUGGCGUGAAGUUUUUCAGGAUCUAUACCUAUCCUAAUAACGGUAUUAUGAAUCUCUCGUACAUUGACCCAUCCACAAACACCAGAAAGUACUGUGACUCCUCCUGCCCGUUAAUGCAAGCGUCAAAGCUUUCUGAGGCCACAAGUAAUAACAUUGAGAAUGCAAAAAACCUUACAGACUCUACCACUUUUGUGGACUCGGAGGACGGCUCAUUUUCUACGUACUAUGAUUCUUCCACGAAGACCAAAACCCUUGGUUAUGGCGAAGGAUAUCAAGAAUUUGCUUUUGAAAAUCAAGUCCCGAUAGAUAAAAUCGGCAUAACAGUCACAGAUUGGUUUGGAUCCAAGGGUGAGUUAGCCGGAUUCGAACUUUACCUGAACUCGAUUGUGGUAUAUGGUAACGAUACUCUUAACGAACCAAACUGCGAUGAAGAAGAUGACCUUAGUAACUAUUCAGAUAUUGAGCAGGGCAAAUUUGCGUCUAUCCAGAGUCUCUCAGAUUCGGUGAUCGACACCAGCUAUGUGGUGAGUACCGAUCCUAAAGCAGAAAUAACCCUUUAUCCUAAUAUUUCAUAUUCGGGUAACUACUCCCUCUUAUUUCACACACCAGGUUGUAUUCAGGAUAACUCGUGUUCUAACAGGCUGAUUGUGAACGUCACGGUCAUCGAUCAUGAAGACACCAUUUUGGCUUCUCAUUUAAUUUACCAGAACAACGACUAUAACAAGUUUGAUUAUUUGUUCUAUGGUCACUUGAAUGGAUCAAGUACCAGCGACGGACGCAACAAGGUAAGAGUCUCUUAUUCCUCCUCGAUUGGUGAUUCAAAGGGAUCUUGGACUGUGGUGGAUAAGGUGACAGCGAACAUCGUAUCCUUAGACGACUAUUACGACAGAAACUCCACCAACAAGACCAUGAAGAAAAACACAUCAGAUUACGACGUAACGACUCUUGAGCUCAAUGGAUUGUUUGAGUAUUCAUUGAAUAACUUUUCGUCCUUUGAACCUUCCGCGGUGUCUUACAAGAAAGACAACUCCACAAUCAUCAGCAAGAGAAACACCUUUGUCGGGAACUCGUCCAUUAACGUUUUGAGUUCCAAAUUGUCAAAGGACUCGGAAGUGAACAACAUCAACUUGAAUGAUAAAACACUUACUUUGUUAGGAGACUUUGAGUCCAAGAAUUUGUCCUUGUCGAAUAACAACCUUCUUACGUUGUCAUUGUCACCGUUCAAUUCGUCUUCUAAUCAGUCCGAGAGUACUCUCGCCAAGCGUCUAUUGAAGCGUGCCUCACAAAAGAUUUACGGGGUUGAAUUCAAUAACAGCAUUUCUAAGAUAUUCAAUUACUAUAACAGUGAGGUGUUUGUGGGAAGUUUUGGAAUUCAGAACCUGGGCUCUACAAUCAAAGAUCUUUCCAACAAAAAUGCCACCACUGAUUCGGGAAAUAAUUUCGCGAUUUAUGGUGACUCAACGUGGUAUACGUUUGGGAAUGAGUUUAUUGAUGCUGACUUUGAUCAAUUUAGCAACUUUACAUUAGACGAUGUGGAAUACUUUGUCUUUUCGUCUUCAUCUUCUGAUGAUUCCCAAAUUUGGGAUAAUUCGAAUAGGAAAUGGCUUAGUGAUAGCGACUUCGAUGUUUCGCUGGCACUUGAUAUAAACUCAAAGCAACAAGUCUUGAGUGGUUCAUCUUUCAACGUGAUGGACUUGACUUCUGUUGACCAAGCAUAUAUUGGAAAAGGUGAUUUGAAAAAAUAUGAUUUUAAGGUAACAAAUGGUUCCAUUUCGGCGUCAUAUUAUGUCAACGACUCUGUUAGUAUCGUUGGUGGGUUCUUCAAUUCAGAGCUUGGUUCUAAUUUGGGCGUCGUUAGCAACGAUGGAAAGCAAAGUUCUGUGACCCCAAUUGCGCUGAAGAUUUCACUUUCAAAGAAUAGUUCCAUUCAAGCGUUGUACGCUGACCAUGAAGGCAAGUAUUUGUUCGUGGGAACGAACGGGUCUGCCAGCAUCGGACUGUCAACAUCUAUCACAGGGGUGGUGAUAUACGACUUGCAGGAAAACGAACUCACGGACUUUCAGCCAGCAUCGUUAUCCAACAGUAACAGUGGUAAUGUGGCUAUUAAUUCCAUUGUGCUUCAUGACAAGGAUGAAAAGUUACUAGUUGGUGGUAAUUUCACCACGGCUGGGUCAUUACUGUGUGAAGGUCUUUGCAUCUAUGAUAUCAAAAACACACGGUGGAACAGUCCACUGGAGAACGACGAGCUUACAGGUGUGGUGACCCAUAUUAACUUCUUUGAAACCAAUAAAGUUCUUAUUGGCGGGUCACUCAAGUUGAAUGGCCGGUCUCAGUCUUUUGUUACCUAUGACAUUAGCAAGAGUGCCUACUCCACCGAUGUUAAAUCGCUUGACUCUGAUGAGUUGGUUCAAAAGUUCAUACUUGUUGACGAGAGCGAUAUGCCUAAUGGCCGUAUAAUUGCUUAUGGCCCAGGCUUCGUGAAGGCUUAUGAUGGCAAACAAUGGCAUAGUAUUGAUAAGGAUAUUCUGUUCGACUCUGCGACUGAAUUGACCGAUAUCAAGUUGCUUCCGUUGAAGAAGAGUAACACUGCAAACAAGCAAACAUACUUUGACAAAAAUCAAGUUCUUGCACUUGCUGGAAGGUUCAACCUAACAGACUAUGGACCAGUUAACCUUGCAUUAUUCAACAGUACAUCAUGGACUCCAUUUGUCUUUACAAAACAAAACUCCACCUUGGGCUCAAUAGGCUCAAUCUUGAUGAAGGAUUCUUUAAGGUUACAAUCUCUGGAAGAUGUUAAAAAAGAGUCCAAGAUGACUAGAGGUCAAGUAGUUGGAGUGUCCUUGGCAGCCGCACUCGGCUCGACCGCAUUAAUGGGUCUCCUUUAUCUCAUUCCUUACUACGCUUUCUUUAGACAAAACAACAGGAAAGGCGCUCAGCAGCGGAUUCAUGAGAACGAAAUGAUGGAUGCCGUUAAUCCUCAAGAAUUGUUUCAUGAGAUCGAUUUGCAUAGAAACCAUUGA